AAACAAAAGAAAAUUAAAUUCGUUCUGAAGUAUCGCGGAGAAUUUGUAAAAGUUAUUUUUAAUUUCAUCAAAGAUUUUGCAACCAAUAUUAAUAGCACAGGAAAUAAAACAAAAUGAAGAAUAUUCUAAUUGGAGGAGGAACCGGUUUCAUCGGAACAAGACUGUCAAACCUUCUAUUAGGCAGUGGAUAUAGAGUGACAAUCGUUUCACGAAUGCCUGGAUUGAACCAUAUCACUUGGACUGAUUUGGAUCGAAACGGACUUCCAAAUGAUACUUCUGCAGUUGUUAACUUGGCAGGUCAAAAUGUUCUAGAUCCAACUCGAUCUUGGUCAGCAGGUUUCAAACAAAAUGUUUGGAAUUCUCGAAUCAACACGACAUCUUCAAUUGUACGAGCAAUUCAAAGUGCUAAAGAGAAACCUGAAGUGUUCGUCAACAUUUCUGGUGUUUCAAACUAUAAACCAAAUGAAAAGAAAAUCUACACAGAAGAUGAUGCAAGCGAAGAUUAUGAUUUCAUGUCGAAACUUUGCAACGAAUGGGAGAAAGCUGCAACAAUCGACAAGGAAGCUGGCGUAAGAACUGUUAAAAUAAGAACUGGUGUUGUUUUAGGACGAGAAGGUGGAAUGAUACGAUCCCUAAUUAUCCCAUUCUGGUUCGGUUUUGGAGGACCUGUCGCCUCAGGUUUGCAACCUUUACCUUGGAUUCACAUCACAGAUCUCUGCAAUCUAAUAAAAUAUUCUAUCGAGAACAAGAAAGUCGAAGGUGUAUUGAAUGGUGUCGCGCCACAGAUAAUCAACAAUCUUGACUUCACUAAGUCUUUUGGAAAAGCUUUAUGGCGUCCAACCUUAAUUCCACUCCCUGAAUUUGUAGUCAAUAAAAUGUUCACAGAAGAACGUGCAGUGCUUUUAACAUCUGGAGCUAAGAUAAAACCGAAGCGAACAGUCGAAACUGGAUUUGAGUAUGAGUUUCCUGAAAUCUACCCGGCUUGUAAAGAUGUUGGAUCACUUUUUAUGUACUGA